UCUCCGUCCCUCGAUUCCCAUUACUUCCCACCCUAUACAAAAAAAACUAUAAGAAAAGACUCUUAUUACACUAUUCAUUAAUUGCUAAAAAAUUUGUCUUUUGGUAGACAGUUAUACAUGUUAUUCUUACUCUGCACAGAAAUACGAACGGUGUGCACAGUAGUUAUUCUUAUUGUUAUUUUAAUUGUAACCAGAUCAAUGAAACUCAUUUGACGGACGAAGGAAAACACUUCACACCGGCGCAAAGUUCGAACAUGGACCUCCCUUCUGAUAUAAUUUAUGCCCUCAUUGAUAAAAUCAAGGCUAGUGAGGAGUUAUGGAACACGAACCACAAGAACUACAAGAAAAAGACGGUGAAGAGGAUGAAAAUAGUUGAUAUUAGUCGAGAACUACAGAGGGAUUAUCCGCAUCACGCUGAGAAGUUGACUCCAGAUCGUUGUUUCAUGAAAUUCCAGUACCUACGGAGUCAUUUCCAAAAGCAGCUGCGGAAAAUAAGAAAUACAUCGGAUGGGCCUGGCGGAAAGUCCACAAGUAAAUGGGAGUUCUUCAAGGCAUGCUCAUUUCUACUCCCUGUGUCUGCGUGUGAUACAGUCCCAAAUUCCGAAAUGCAGCAGAGUAGUAUGGUUUCUUCAAGGCCUUUAAAGGAUUUGGUAUGGGCUGGUUCUCUCAGUGAUUUAAUUGAUGAUCCUGUAGUUAUGGCACCAGAGGAAGAAAAGGACCCUCUGCAGCUUGCCACGACUUAUGUUGAGACACGACUUCCCGCACCAACAGACUCUACGUCCUCAACAUCAGAUGAAUCUAGUACUCCACCACCAAGAAACAACUCAUUUAUUGGUCCAACUCCAUUAAAGCCCAGUAAGAUGAGGAAACACAGGACAAGCAGCAUUUCACAUACUGAGGAGCAGUUGAUGAAAGAACUAGCUAAUGUGCAUAAUGAGUGGAAGGAAGUGAAGGAAUUAAGUGCACCCAUGGAUCCUAUAUUAGAAUCAGUAAAAGGGUUUUGUGAGGAUUUUAAAUGAGAGCCAUCCACACCUUAAGACAAAGUUCCACCGAAAGGUUUUUGAAGCAAUGGCAGCGAUCUCUCAAGAAUUUUGCUAACACAAAAAUUUCCCGCAUAUUGUGAGUCUGUAAAAUAUGCAUAGAUGAUAUUUUCUAUUCUUGCCUGA